AUGGGCUGUGUCCCCUGCAAAGAGAAGGGGUCCGGCAAAGGGCAGGCGGGGGGCGAGGCAGGGCUCUCCCCACCCCCCGCCUCCCAAUACGACCCCGACCCCACGCAACCGGGCGCCGUCUUCACCCGCAUCCCCGACUUCAACAACUUCAACGCGGGGAUGCCCUCGGCUCCAUCCUUUUCGGGGCUAGGGGUGUAUGACUAUGAGGCCAGGACAGAGGACGACCUCACCUUCCAAAAAGGGGAGAAAUUCCACAUCAUCAACAACACGGAAGGGGACUGGUGGGAGGCCAGGUCGCUGAGCUCAGGUGCCACGGGCUACCUCCCCAGCAACUACGUGGCCCCCGUGGACUCCAUCCAGGCAGAAGAGUGGUAUUUUGGGAAGAUCGGGCGCAAGGAUGCGGAGCGGCAGCUCCUCUGCCACGGCAACUGCAGGGGCACCUUCCUGAUCCGGGAGAGCGAGACCACCAAAGGUGCCUACUCCCUCUCCAUCCGGGACUGGGACGAGGCCAAGGGGGACCACGUGAAGCACUAUAAAAUUCGGAAACUGGACAACGGGGGGUACUACAUCACCACCCGUGCCCAGUUCGACACCGUGCAGCAGCUGGUCCAGCACUAUAUAG